AUGAACCCCGUGGACGCGUACAUAGCUCCUGGUGCUCCACCAGGUCCUCCUCCAUUGACUCUUGGAGGGGCCGUGAACCCCGUGGAUGCUUAUCUAGCUGGUGGUGCUCCACCGGGUCCUCCUCCAUUGACUCUUGGAGGGGCCGUGAACCCCGUGGAUGCUUAUCUAGCUGGUGGUGCUGCAAAGCCUCCACUGACUCUGGGAGGGGCUGCAGACCCUGUGGACGCUUUCCUGGCCCAACCAGCGGCACCAGGCGCUGCGAACCCGGUGGACGAGUACCUGGGCGGUGCACCCAUCCAGGCCCCGACCUUUGGGCGGAAGGCCGCUGCGGCGCCGGGCGGAGGUGGGGGCGCAAAGGAUAUGAAGAACGCCAUGCAGGAUCUCUUCAAGAAGAAGUGA